CAUGGAGAGUCGGGGGGAGCAUCGACCAUGGGCGGCGGUGGCGGCGGGGGUGGCGGCAGCACCAUAGGCGGCGGCACCCUGGGCCACGGCACCGCGAUGAGCAGCAGCACGGUCGGCAUGGGCCCUCUCCCCGGCACCCUGAUGCACGGCGCCUCCGGCGGCGGCGUGGGCGUGGGCGGAAACCCUGGCAACGUGUACGGCAACGGGAACAACGGAGUGGGCGGCCAGAACACUGCCCCGGGCUCCGUGAUCGACUCGCGGGCCGUGUCCGUGGUGGUCACGCUGCCCGGCGGUCCGGGUGCCCAGCAUCCUGGCCAGGCGCUCAGCGACUACGGUCCCAUAUAGUUAAUGGUACGCCCUCCGGACACCGCGCACUGGGUCUCGACCAGCAGUUUCAGCCAGCUGUAGCCGCUCAAGGUGGUCGACUCGCACGCCCGGCCUCUGUCUCACUCGCACUCUUAGGCUCUCGCUCGCACCCUCCAUCCCCGUCUCGCUCGCUCCCGCUGCCUGGGCCCCACGGCAAAGGUUUUGAAGAAAUGCCAUAUAAUUCGGAGUAGCCGUAGUUUGUCUGUUGAGUGGAAAGCGCAAAAAGAGCGUCUGUUUCUAUUUCCAAUUCUGGUCGAACUUGGCGGAAUCGGAAAUCAAGAAAUUUCUAAAAAAUAUUUCGAAAAUUCCCUAUCGAUUUACAUUAACUUUCUCACACAGAAAAUGAUAGAAGUCGUUUAAGGACAAAACGAUUUCCAAGAUAUAAUAUUUAAAGUAACAUUUUUGCUUGGAACAAGCCUUUUUCAAGUUCAAAGAAAAUUUUUCUUUUACUUUAUAUAAUUUAUGUGUUUAAAAGCUCACCGAUUACCAUUCCGCCAAACUGUUUAUGAGUUGGAAUUCGAAACAAGGACGAAAGUAACCAUUACAGAUGUGGUAAGCAACCGAUCUGCGCACAAGAUUCUAGUCCAAAAAAAACCUUUGUCUUCAAAAGCAGAUGAGCAAAGAGCUCAGGCGUAGCGAAAGAACGAUCGAAUCCAGUUGAAGCGCGUUUGUUCCACCUGCCAUUAACUACUUUCCUAACGACAUAUUUAUAACGUCACCUUUUCCGUUGUUACUCCCUUCCACAAACACUUUCCUCAACGAAAUAGACUGAGAAACGCAAAACCAAUUAAGUAACCGCCACGUAGAGCACUCGGGGGCAAAGUAGCGAGCGGAAUCUGCCCACACUGCCAAGUCAGAGCCACGAGCCAUAUUUCGAAAUUACAACUAACUUUUAAUCAAACUAACUACACUAUUAACCUUAACCUAACCGUAAACAUUAAACAUUACGAACGCAUAAAAAAUUAAAUACAAAAAACACUUCGAAUGCCCGUAGGAAGUUAGUUGCGAUUUUAGGGUUGUCGCAUUAUCAAAGAGCAGGCAGUCAGUGUUGCCAGAUACCAUUUGUAAAUUAUUUAACAUAACCUAAGGCAUUAUCCAACACUAAGUUUUGUACAUAUUUUCGAACCGCGCCUAGUUUGUUCAGAUAUAAGGGAUUCCCUGAAACUAAAAUAUAUAUAUAUAAAUAUAGUAACUUGCAUUUCAGCAUCAAAAGCAACUCUGCAUUUAAGCUCAACAAUUGAAUUUAAUUUUUACACACAAAACCCAAAAAAGAAAAGUACUACCAAAUCCUUCUCCCCCAUCACCAUACAAAUAAAUGAGUAAAUGGAAAUUGCCAACUUUUGCAGCCGAUGCAGGGCAUUUUUUUGCAUUUAUAAAAGAAGCAAAAAUAAAAAUUGUAUAAAGCUAAAACUUUUAUAUAAGAGUAUUAAAUUAAAUGUAACCUUAGUUGUAAGCAAAAACAGAAGAAAAUGGCAAGCAAAAGCAAAACGAAAUAUCUAUCAAGCAUUAAAAACUAUUGUAUUUAAAUUUAAUAUUUAUAUUACAUGGUAAAAGCAACAAUUUAACUGUUAGCAUUUCAAACCAUUUCACAUACGAAACAAAACAAGAAAGAAGGGAUUAACUUUAUAUUAGAAAUUAUAUGAUAUAGCAACAACUAUGUGUGUAAUGUUUUUUAGCAACUAUAACUAUUUCUAUACACAAAACGAAAAAAUGCAAAAGCUGUAAUAAAAACAAUAUACAAAAUA